GUGCUGCAUUAUUGGUGCGUAGUAUAAACAAAUGAUCUGGUAAUUAUUAUCUGACCUUGCAUACAUGGUUUUGACAAUUUACAUACAUCAAAGCAGUGACUCGGCCUUAUUUAUAAGUUUGUAAAGAGCUAGAUUUUGUAGCAAGAAAAUAAUCUCCGAAGCGAUAAGUUCUCUAACGAUAAGGAGCACGUUUUCAUUUAUUCCAAUGAACUACUUCAACAUGCAAUACACGAGUGGUGCUGCAGCUCUUGGUGCGAUUGCAGCAACCGCUAUUUAUUACUACCUCCAUCCAAAGAAUGAAAACCUUAUCAGGACAUGGAAGGCCGUGGGGAACGUCACCAAACUACACUUGCAUCCUCUGAAGAGUGGCCGAAGGCUGGAACUGACUUCCGCCGACUGCACGGAUGUCGGUAUCAGGCAGAAUCCGGAGGACCAAGAAGGGUUACAAUUAAGGGAUCGCACGUACUUGGUAUAUGGCGAGAAGAACAAUGAGUUCAAGACGGCCAGGACGUUUCCUCAGUUACUUCUGGUUCAAAUGUCUGUUCACGAUAAGGAUCAGAUCAGAUUAGAUGCACCCGGUAUGCCUACCUUGCUGUUUAAGGUUCCUACUAAAUUGAAGAAUAAAGAAUUGAGAGUCAAAGUACACCAAAGCGAAGAGAUAUAUUCCAUUGAUUGCGGCGACGAAGCUGCAAACUGGAUUUCCAAUUAUAUCCAUGGAGAUUCGACACCAGGACUUCGCAUUGGAUAUCACGAUGGAUCUAUGAAACACAGAAGGAAUAUCCUGAAAAUAUACAAAUCUUUUUCUAUUUACAAGAAUUUAACGAACAAAUCGGCAGGCCUGUACUCAGAUUUGAGCGCAGUUUUAUUAGUGAAUCAAGCUUCCGUUGAUGACCUGAACGAUAAGCUUCGCGAAGAGAACCGCGUGGUAUCCGAGAACUUCAGGUCUUCGAUUACAAUUGCCGGUGAGGGGGCUCCAGCCUAUGCAGAGGAUGACUGGGAAUGGCUGAAGAUCGGUGAAGCCGUCUUCAGGAACGUUAAGCCUUGCACCAGGUGCAUCAUGACCACCAUCAAUCCGGAUACUGGAGUUCGCAAUCCAGAAAGAGAACCAUUGAAAACAAUGGAAACGUACCGUCGCUUAAAGAAUCAAAAACCUAACAAAGAGAGGGAGAUAAUUACCACUAUGGGAAUUAGUAUGGAAGUCAACGUUCCUGGAGUCAUUCGUAUAAACGAUACUGUCUACAUAGCAUAAAUUGCUUUUCUAAAAAUUUUAAUGCGUACUAACGCUUUGUCCAUGUCCAAUCAUUAAUACUCAACAAUCGUAAUCAUUUUUUUGUAUGUGCAACGUAAUCAUUUUUGUUUAUGUUAUUACUGCAAUUUGCUAUAUGUUAUAAUUAUU